CCCAGCCAAAAUAUUACAUCAUUUCGGAUAAAAAUAUUAUUUCUAGAACGAAUGGGUUUGGAUACAAAUACAUGUAACUUCUUUGAAUCUUAUGUAGAACUCUGUAUCUUCAGUAAUUGCAAGUAGGAUCGUUGGAACGAAUACGUUUGGAUACAAUUACAAAUCUACCUUCUCUGUAUCUUCUGUAGUUCCAUGCAGGAUCGUUAUGUUAUUCGAAUAUGGCUUCCAUUGUAACAAGUAUUUUAAGCUGUACAGUGGGCUUACUAUGGAAUAAGGCGCGGGACACAGCUGCAUAUAAGCUUAAAGACGGAGAUACUACAGACGAGAAAAUUCGCGAGAUAGUCGUGCGAGAGUUAAACGACAUCAAGUCCAAGCUUGAUGGUCUUUCUCGCAAAGACCUACUCAGCAGCUACGGCUUUCUAAAAGAAGGUGUGAAUUUACUUAAUGCCUCUCUUGACAAUUCAAACGACGACGAGCACAAAGAAACUCAAGAUAAUCAUGAUGAAACAUCAACAAUGCUUGACGGUGCUGAGUGUAUCUUAAACCAAACCUUAGAACCCUCUCGCGCCGUAGGAAAGUUAAAAACCCAAUCGGAUAAAGAGUUUCAAUCUGCGAAGAAAAGAUUCGAAGAAGCGCGUAAGACAGCAACUCAUGCAUUCUUUAAUGAAGCCUUAAGUAUUAAAGAUCGAAUCUUCGCCGCGAAAUUACGUGUUUGUUCCGAGAUACUGGAAUGUCUCGAAAGUCCCGAAAUUGCAAUGACAGGGUGUGAAACGUUUCUUCAAGAUCUACAUAGCCUACCAGCUAUCCGUGAAAUAUUCUCCGUGUAUAUCACUGGCGGAAUCAAGUCGAGGCUAAAUAAAGCAGAAAGACUGGACAACGUGAAAUCUGUCAUGAUGAUCAACUAUGCUUUAUAUCAAUUUCAUUUCAAAUUCGGCCGUAAACGUACAACCAAAGUAAUUUGGCCUGGGGUGAUAGACCUUGCUGGUCGCCGUUUUAAUCCAAUUUUAAAUUGGCAAGAAGUUUCGACAAGAAAAUCCUGGGUCGAAGGACCAAUGCAACCGCGGAACGAUCUGUUACUCGAUGAGAACAUACGUCCGUGCCAUUCGGCUUUGAAUGGCCACGGCGACAUCGUUGCUGUAAGGUCUGAGGUAGACUUAAAAGUUGUUUCCAAAACAGGAGAAAGCAAGUUAGUUACAUUAUCUGAUCCCACAGAAGACAAAGUUAUCGAGCGUUAUAUUAAAGGACUUGCUGUUGACAACAAUAACAACGUUUAUAUUGUUAAGUGUCUUGAAACGCGCGGGGAAAAUGGCGAUGUGAAAAGUUACGUUUUGAAUGUAUUGGAUGAUACAUAUAAUGUAAAACACCGUUAUACAUUGAAUUUUGUGAAGGCAACAGGUAGUGGAAUGAAAUUAGCGAUCAACAACAACAAUGACAUCAUCAUGAUUAAAAACGAUGAUCCCUAUGUACAUGUUUGUGACAAUUCUGGACACUUGAAAUUCAAGUUUGAACGCGGUUUAAUUUUAGGUCAGUUGCCCAGGUACUCAUUGAGUAUUUCUAAUGAAAAUGACAUAAUGCUAUCGUCAAACAAAGACCGCGCUGUUGACGUAUAUAGCGAGAGGGGAAAAUUAAAGUCGGUAAUAAAUUUACCAGUAGGGCACAAGGUUGUGGGAUUUGUAUUUCAUCAUGUUAUUUGUAAAAUAGUUGUACUGUCGUUUAACUAUCAAAGUGAUUCCUAUUUCCUUCUCUGCUACUCCAAAACAGGUGAACUACAGACCUUAACCUUCUUCAGUAAAAGAACUUCACAGCUAGAUCUUCGCCCUUACAUCACCUCUCAUCGAAGUGUUGUUCCAAUUGCCGUUGUACUGGCGAGAAAAGUGAUUUAUAUGUAAGGCGAACUAUUAGUCUUAAAGUAUUAAAACUAUCUAUGUGUUCAAGAGUAAAUAAUUUUUAUAGCUAUUAUGCUAAUGCAACUGGGAUUUGUUGUAUGUGACCCGCAAACGCUGGUACACUAAAUGUCUAUUCGAAAUUACCAAUGUCUGAUGUGCUACUAAAUAUAAU